CGAACGCUUCUCGUACGCCAAAACUACAAACCCGCUGCCAACGUAAAUACUAGUUUUCACUGUACCGGGCCUCCGUUUCAGCAAACGUGUUUAGAGUCCAGCGUCAGGAAAUAUGCCUAACAAUCCAUUUAACAUAGUCUCUCCGAAGGAAACCACUGAAAUCAAGAAUAGUGAUGAAUUAUUUCUUCUGAACAUACCAUUACCUGCAGAAUCAUGUGUAGACAAUGGCAAUGACGGCUCUCGGAUGGAAACCACUGAAAUCAAGACCAGCGAUGAAUUAUUUCUUCUGAACAUACCAUUACCAGAAUCAUGUGCAGACGAUAGCAACAGCGAAGGUUUUCGGAUGGAAACCACUGAAAUCAAAAGCAGCGAACCUCUUCAGGCUAUACCUUACCCUCCAUACAGUCCGUACCGUCCGUACCCAGAAUCGCAUGCAAACUAUCACAACAUUUUUAACAAUGGCUCUCGGAUGGAAACCACUGAAAUCAAGACCAGCGAACCUCUUCAGACCACACCGUUCCGUCUAUACCGUCCGUACACUCUGUACCGUCCAUACCAAAAAUCGCGUGCAAACUAUCGCAACAUUCGCAAAAAUUGUAAGUCCGCGGGUGCGGAUUUAAUGAAGGCCCGCCGAAACCGCAAGUUGCAACCUGCACGCGUGAGACGUCGUGAGGCUAGAGCUGCGGCUAGAGCUGCGGCUAAACCUACGACUAGUGUUGUGACUGCGGCUGAAACUGCGACCGGGUUUUCACCAAGCACCAUAUCAACUACAGACAAACUGGAUAACAUUUGGAAGUACUGCAGGUACGUCGCAACCAAAUAA